GACUUGAAAUAGUAACACAAUCUAUCUGUCAUCGCGUAUAAACAUACAUGUGAAUAGUACACAGUUCCAUAAUUAAAAAAAAAAAGAGAGCAAGUCAAACUCGAACACAUGGCUUAGAAACAGCACAACGCAUGACAUUCAUUGAUUCUGCUUUCUUCAUCCUCUGCAACCAAUCUUACCUCAGUGUUCCCUUUAUUAUUAUUAUUUUUUGAUCUUCCUGAAAACCCAUACCUCCAUUACUACACACCAUUCAUUCGUUUUCAGUUUUUAACUCUUCCAAAACAUUGAAAAACACCCUUUUUUCUGGUUUUUCCCUUUUCAAUACUUUAAUCUCUAUUUUGCAUCAAAACUCCAUCUGUUUUUCCCCAUUAGUUCUUGUUCAUAACGCGUUUGUUUGCUUUGAAUCCUCUCUAUUAAUUUUUUUUUUCCAGUUGUUCGUUUCCCUGGCCGUUCUGACUUUCAAUUAUUAGUAUUUGAUAUGGAUCGUGGUACUAAUAACCCUGAGCCUACAAGAACCGGAGCAUUUAGCCGGACGGGCAGCCUUGGCUCUUCAUUAAGGAAGCGUUCCUUUAGUAUAUCAAGUUCUGUGUCCUAUCGUAUUGAUGAUGACAUUGGAAGUGAGGCUGUUUCGGAGGCAGGGGAUAUUGGUGAUCGGGCUCUUCAAAGCAACAGGCACAGUGUGAGUAGUAGUUGCCGCUUAUCUCUGGAUCUUGCAAUGGAAGGCGGGUCAGUUAUUCAUCCAGAAGAUUUGCAUAAAGUCUCUGUUGCGUCACCCAUGCCAGAGAAUGUCACAUCUCCCCUUCCAGUUUAUCCAUUAAAGGGCCCUGGGGAUGAAAAACAAGAAAAACAAGGACUACCUAUGUCGUUGGAGUAUAUUUCGUGUCUUAUCCAUUUGGCUGUUUUCGGAAUUCUCGGGGUUUUCACAAGAUAUUUGCUUGAAAAACUUUUCGGACCGAGUCUUUUAGGUGUGACCAGCAAUGAGACCAUUGUAUACCCCAACCUUCCUUCUAAUAUGGUUGGCUCUUUCUUGAUGGGGUGGUGGGGUGUUGUUUUCAAAGGUGACAUAUCUCAAGUAUCUGAUAUUUUGGCAAUUGGAUUGACUACCGGAUACUUGGGUAGCGUCACAACAUUCAGUGGUUGGAAUCAGAAAAUGCUUGAUCUCAGUGUAGAUGGCCACUGGGUGCAAGCUAUACUUGGGUUUCUCAUAGGCUUGUUUCUUGUAGCUUAUUCUAUCAUUUUUGGGAUAGAGACAGCAAAGGGUUUCCGGUGGAUUCUCAAAAAGCUGAAUACAAGAUCGGAAAAGGGAGUCCCGAGCUCUAACUGUAAUUGGACACUCAACAGCUCCAGACGUCAUUUGGUAGCAAUGUUGAUAUUAUUGUUAGUUCUUGGUGUUUUAUUGGGCGUGAGUGGAUUGCUGCUCAAGGAAGAAUUUAGCAGUGGUAGCAGUGGAGCUCAGCUGUGGCUGGCUUGCUUAGUUGGACCUUUCGGAGUAUGGAUCAGGUGGUUCUUGGCUCGACUUAAUGGACGUGGGUUAGGAAAAUCUGGGAUUUUGAGAUGGCUUCCAUUCGGGACAUUGAUCACCAACGUUUCUGCUGCUUGUAUAAUGGCUGGACUCUCCACGAUUGAAAAGUCGGUAAAUAUCAAGAACUUCGACACUGUUGCAAACGGGAUACAGCUAGGAUUUCUGGGUUGUUUGAGUACAGUUUCAACUUUCAUUGCCGAGUUCAAUGCAAUGAGAGAAAGCAAGCACCCUUGGAGAGCUUACCUUUAUGCUUCAACUACAAUGGGGAUUUCAUUUGUUUUAGGGAUUCUAAUAUUCAAUGUACCUGUUUGGACAAAAGGAUUUACUUAGAAUCCGGGGGUUGCCGCAGGGAUGGCUAUGUUUUGAACCCGGGGAUGUCAAAAGUUGACGAGAACACGUUGGUUUGUUCAUAGAAAUGAACACCUGCUGUGACAAUACCUUGCUGUCCGUUAGUAUUCUCCAUCUAAUACAUUUACACGAUUUGUACCAGAGAGCAAGGUAUAUACAUCAGUUUUCUUCGUUCUUAAUAAGCCACCACAAUAAAAUGAGUUACGAAAAGCUCCAUUGCUGCCUUCAAAGCUCAA